AUGCACUCCCUCCUACACGCCGUGCUCGCCUCCGCGGCGCUCGUCGGACCCGUGGCCGUAUGGGCCAAGGCGGAGCAGAUCCGCGCGGUUUCCGACCCCAUCUUCCACCUUUACCUGCAAGCGUAUCCGGAGGACCCCACCAUCCCCGUCAUGGGCCCCGAGGCCUCCAGCGAGUACUACACCAUCGCCGGCACGAUCCAGAGCACCAACAGCAGCGCCUACCUCGACAUCGCUGGCGCCGACACGACGUCCUACAAGACGCUGUCGUUCUCGAAUGGUUCGUCAGCGGCGACGAGCGCCUGGGCCCUUGAGGGCGACACGAUCAUCACGAGCACGAGCAGCGACUACGGGCGCCAGCUCAACUUCUUGGCGUGCCAGAUGACGGACAACGGGGAGCGAUACGCCGAGCGGGAGGACUUGUAG